AUGAGAAACGGCACGGUAAUCACAGAAUUCAUCCUGCUAGUCUUUCCUGUUAUCCAAGGCCUACAAACACCUCUCUUUAUUGCAAUCUUUCUCACCUACAUAUUAACCCUUGCAGGCAAUGGGCUUAUUAUUGCCAUUGUGUGGGCUGAGCCCAGGCUACAAAUUCCAAUGUACUUCCUCCUUUGUAACUUGUCUUUCUUAGAAAUCUGGUACACCACCACAGUCAUCCCCAAACUGCUAGAAACCUUUGUAGUGGCAAGAACAGUAAUCUGCAUGUCCUGCUGCCUGCUGCAGGCCUUCUUCCACUUCUUCGUGGGCACCACCGAGUUCUUGAUCCUCACUAUCAUGUCUUUUGACCGCUACCUCGCCAUCUGCAAGCCCCUUCGCCACCCCACCAUCAUGACCAGCAAACUCUGCCUGCAGCUGGCCCUGAGCUCCUGGGUGGUGGGCUUCACCAUUGUCUUUUGUCAGACGAUGCUGCUCAUCCAGUUGCCAUUCUGUGGCAAUAAUGUUAUCAAUCAUUUCUACUGUGAUGUUGGGCCCAGUUUGAAAGCCGCCUGCAUAGACACCAGCAUUUUGGAACUCCUGGGCGUCAUAGCAACCGUCCUUGUGAUCCCAGGGUCACUUCUCUUUAAUAUGAUUUCUUAUAUCUACAUUCCGUCUGCAAUCCUACGAAUUCCUUCAGCCACUGGCCACCAAAAGACUUUCUCUACCUGUGCCUCGCACCUGACAGUUGUCUCCCUGCUCUACGGGGCUGUUCUGUUCGUGUACCUAAGACCCACAGCACACUCCUCCUUUAAGAUUAAUAAGGUGGUGUCUGUGCUAAAUACUAGCCUCACCCCCCUUCUGAAUCCCUUUAUUUAUACUAUUAGAAACAAGGAGGUGAAGGGAGCCUUAAGAAAGGCAAUGACUUGCCCAAAGACUGGUCAUGCAAAGUAAAACAUGCAACACAUCAAAAUGAGCUUAAUGCAGAUAAAAACAAUGAAAGUUGAGAGAGGAUUUUGGAGAAGUUUGGUAAAACAGGCUCCCCCCAAAUCCCAGAAGUUCUGAUUCAAUGCUAUAGUAAG